UGAUUAAAUUCUUAUUCAAUUUUUGGCACAGGUAACACCGCCUGUCUUUUCGCUCGUCACGAAAAGAGUUCGUGUUAUAGAAAAUUUCUGUAAUCUAAUUCAAUUAUUGUCUUUAAACCCGAAAUGUUUCAUUCUAAUUAUCAACAUUCUUUGAUUCUUACCCCGGACGGUAAUAAAAAUCCGUUAAAGGCACCGUUGGCAUAAAACAUGUCCUUUAUUUACAAGUCCUCAGUGUAGCAAUAAACUUCAUAUUUACGUAUUUGUGUUAAAGUUGUAAUAAUCAUAAUGGAUAAGGGGGUGACGUGUGAACAUCUGAAUAAGGUCGCGGAGUUUCUCGGGAAGGAUUUGUGGCAGUCUAAAGAGAACUUAACAUGCUUCGACUGUGGGUGUCCCGGACCCAACCUGUGGAUCUGCCUGCAGCCCGACUGCCAUCAUGUGGGCUGCUCCGAGGUCCGCAAUGACCACAGCACCUUGCACCAAAAGAGCCAGCCGUCCCACUGCGUGCACAUGAACGUGUCCACGGAGCGGGUGUGGUGCUACAUCUGCGAGAAGGAAGUCCACGUGCGAGCAGCGGUCGCCUACAAUAGGAUAAGUCCAGAUUCAACAGUGGAGGGCGAACCGGCGAGCGCUCGCGUCGGUUCGUCGGGUCUCGUUACUACAGACGAUGAUGAUGAUGACUAUGAUCGUCCACGAGGUCUAGUGGGUCUCCAGAACAUGGGCAACACGUGCUACAUGAACGCGGCCCUUCAGGCUCUGAGCAACACAGCGCCUUUCACAUCGUACUUUCUGGAAUGUGCUGCGGCAGUUACCGUUCUCGCUGGCGAUAAGAAACCUGGACUAGCGAGAGCAUACCAAAAAUUAGUGAAAGAAAUGUGGAGCAGAAAAACUAGGGGUUACCUCGUACCAAACGGAAUCAUAUACGGCAUUCGGAAUGUACACCCAAUGUUCCGAGGUUACCAGCAGCAUGACACACAGGAGUUCCUUCGCUGUUUCAUGGACCAGCUGCACGAGGAGUUGAAGGAACCAGUCUGGGACAGUAUGCCGGAAGACAAGCUGGGCACGGAGGCGGACGGCGACCACCAGGAGAGCAGGAACUUGCACGUGCGGCGCCGUGCCGCCUCCUCUGGAGCCAGCGACGCGCCGCUGUUCGCGCGCAUGCGGCGGAAGUCGCCCGCGCCCUCCGCCUACAGCGACACGAGGACUGACCCACACCUCAGGGUAGGGCAGUCGGAGUCUGUGAACAGGCAUAGACGAUCAGCGAGCUUCGCGGGCACACAGCAAACUGCGUACUCUGUACAAACACAUCACCAAAACCCCCUAGCGUCAUCGUCGCGUGACGUCGGCUCAGAAUCAUCGUUGUCGUGUUCAAGCGAAGCUGAAGAUCGGUAUGAAACCUGCUCCAGUGGCGCUAGUGACGCUCCGGACCCACCCGUACACCACCCACCGAAGCAAAGCGGCGGCGGCGACAACGGCGGCGCGCGGUACCGCAGCAUCAUUUCCGACGUCUUCGACGGAAAACUGCUGUCCUCAGUGCAGUGCCUCAUCUGCGACCGGGUGUCAACGCGAGUGGAGACAUUCCAGGACCUUUCCCUCCCCAUACCGUCGCGGGAGCACCUCGCCGUGUUGCGCUCGCAGCCCGCGCUCGACCAUCUGCCGGCUGACCACGAGUCUUGGAUGUGGUGGAUACUAAGCUGGCUCCGGUCCUGGUUCUACGGCCCUGUGGUCUCCCUCCAGGACUGCCUCGCGGCUUUCUUUAGCGCUGAUGAGUUAAAAGGAGACAAUAUGUACAGCUGUUCCCGUUGUAACAAGCUGCGUAACGGCGUGAAGCUGUCCGGCGUGGUCCGGCUACCGGAAGUGCUCUGCGUGCACCUGAAGCGUUUCCGGCACGAGCUCAUGUUCAGCGCCAAAGUGGCCGCCCGCGUGUCCUUCCCGCUGCAUGACCUCAACAUGCAGCCCUAUACGCAUAAAGAUUGCACAUCAAAAAUAACCCGCUACUCGUUAUGCGCGGUGAUCUGUCACACGGGGACAGCCGGGGGUGGCCACUACACCUGCGUGGCGCGGAACCCUCGCGGGUGGUUCACGUUCGACGACCAGUCCGUCGCGCCGCUCGCCGCGCCCAUGCUGGACCACACCGAGGCCUAUGUGUUGUUCUAUAGGAAAGUGAAUCCCCAAAUGACAGUGCUGCGGCAAAAAGCGGCCGAGAUAUUGGAGUCGACGACGGUGGAGCCUAACGACAUCAAGUUCUAUAUUUCGAAGCAGUGGAUCAACAAAUUUAAUACCUGGGCGGAACCAGGUCCAAUAGAUAACGGCGACUUCGUGUGCGCGCACGGCGGCCUGCGGCCCGACCGCGCCUCCCACCUGCCCCGCCUCGCCGCCGUCAUCCCGCAGCCGCUGUGGGAGUUCCUGCACGACAAAUUCGGCGGCGGGCCGGCGUGCUCGCACGUGCACGAGUGCGGCGUGUGCGCGCGCGCGGCGCAGCGCCUGCGCACGCGGCGCGCGCGCGAGCUCAAGGCCUUCUACGACCUGCACGCCGUCUUCCAGGAACAAGACCGCCCCCGCGCGAUCUACGCCAUCAGCAUGCACUGGUUCCGCCAGUGGCAGGCCUUCGUGCGCUCGCGCAGCCAGCAGCCCCCGCCGCCCGUCGACAACUCGGGCAUCGUCACCAGCCAGGAGAUCGACGGCGUGACAAGCCACGUCCUCAAGCAGGGCUCCGACCACGCGCAGCUCAGCGAGGAGCUGUGGCGCUUCUUCACCGACAUCUACGGCGGCGGGCCCGACGUGCCGCUGCGCGCUCCGGCGCCGGAUCCGAGCCCCGCGCCGGACCCGCGCCCCGCGCGCCGCGCCGGCCGGAACUACUCCGACUCCGACAGGGAAGACUAUUGCACCAAAUCAACCUCCGAAACCAACAUCAGAGAAUCCGUUGUCGGGGAGCUACAGAAAAACCAAUCGCUUCAAAACUUAAGACACUCCAAAGUGGCCCGCGUCGAUUCGGACGAGGAAGACUUCGGACGGUACAAGAGACUCGAGCAAAACGGAAACUACGACUCCGAUGAGGAGAUGGAGAACUAUUCGGUUAAAGAAAAUGGCGUCGACAGCUCCGACCGCGACGCGAACGACAACCCGGUGUACUUUGAGAAGCAGGAAGUGGAACUCCCAAAUCUCGAUAGCAUAUCGCUGAAAAGCAAACCGUCGAAAAGCAGGAAAGUGAGAAAAAUAAGAAAGAGGACAGUGAAAUGAUUCUUUCUCGCUUUUCAGUUCGUUCACAGGCUGAGACGGCGGGUCGCUAAGGAUUUAAACUGAUGCGCGGUCUCUGUCUGACGCAGUGUCGUUUUGAGCCGUCUCUGUCUGACUCUGGCGGUGUAACGUUGAACAUUCCCGGUGAAAGGUGUUAAAACUAUGUGCAUUUAAAACUUGGGUGUUACUCUGGUCUCGUGAUAUAUUUUUCUAAAAACUAUUACUCGCUUCGCGUGAUCCAUCUGUUGUAUGCUAGAUGAAAAAUACAUUGAAAUUUUUUAAUAUCGCUAUAGGUCUGUCAAAUCUAACGUCUAAUAAUAUGACAAUACUAAUCAAGGCCCGCGUCAUGAUGAAUGACACGAUCUUUAACUAAUUAAAUUAGAUGAUGAAUAGUUAACGAUAUUACAUCAUAUAUUUAUUUUAUUACGCAUAUUUUUCCAACUUAAUUUAUUAUCAAUAUACACUUAUAAAUUCCACUUAAUUUAUAUAAAGAAACAAUGCUGAGAAAUCCAGUUUGGAUCACUAAAAGCUGAUUAUCCUGGUUGCUUGAAGCUGAUUGAAUUUAAUUAUGAAUAGGUUUGUCAAGGCGACGUGCGCGUUGGAGGGUCUGCCUCUGCCAUCUUGUGGCCUGAAUCGGAAACAUAAACUGUACAUUGACACUUCACGCCAAAGCAAGUGAUGACCCUACAACUUACGUUUCCUUGUGCAUUGUAGGUCCCGCCAUCUUGUGGGCUACAUUGGAAGCUUGAACUUGACAUUUACACUUCGCGCCAAUUAACAUCGACUACCCCCUACAGUUCAUACACGUUCCCUAUUGUUUAUUUAUUUAUAACGAUUUUAGUAACUAAUUGUUAGAAAAAAAAAGUGAUUGUGAUAUUGUAAUUUUAUGACAUGUAUUAUGCAUAGUAAUGUUAUUCGAUUAAAGCACAUAUUGAUCGAAAAAGAUCCUUAUGUCCCUAAUUUUAUAGUUCAGAUUCAGAAAAAGUAUUUAUGUUCCUCGAUUUUUAUUAUUUCCAAAAGGUUUAAAUAUUAAGUUUCUGGCCCAAUGUGCAUUCGGAAUUUAAUGUACACUACAAAAUUCUUUAAGGUAGCAAUUUUUACAUUGAUUUCUUUUAAGAACUGGUUCAAAUUUCCUUAACCAAUGACACAUACAUUAACAUAGGUAUGGGCCUCUACACACCUCACCGAUAAUUGCUUACGAUUUGCGUAUACACUGCGACAUUUGAAAUACCGGCAAUUAUCUAAAAUCACAUGCGAUUUGUUGCAAGGUCUGUAAAGCCCUUAUGCCUGCCAACUACUUAUGAAGUUGACCAUAUUAUUUAACUAACUUUAAUCAGUACAAAAGGAGGAUCACACGAGCGGCCGAGCGGCCUCAGAGCCCCCUGGGGUUGGUAGUAUUUUAGUACAAUUUAUUUUAGUUUGAAAAGUCUAGCGAAUGUAGAUACUUGAAUGAAAUACUGUAUAUUUACACCUGUAUAUCUGUACAAUGUUACCCUGUAUAAUAUAUCCAUGUUCAUAGUAAAAUUAAAAUUACUGAAUGCAUUUCUUUCUGUUUUACCAUGGAUUAGGUAUUUAUUUUGUUGUUUCUGGUUCUAUGUGUUAUUUGUUAAAGAAUUGAUCAGCAAUAAAAUAUAUUACGAAAUGUAUUGGUGCA